CCGCGAACUGCUGAGAACACAGCAGCAGCUCGCGCACACUGCCAGCCUGAAAAGCCUGCAGCGUCGCCACACGCACACGACGCGCGCAUCCGAGCGAUCCGCGUUGCAGCACGCUCGAAGGCUCGAAGCUCCACCCGCCGCUAAUACCUAUCUCCGGGCUCUAAUAAUCGGCCUCCCCGUUGAGCCACGCUGCGACUCUCCCUCGUCCCACAGACUCGAUGCGCGCGCGGUCCUAGCUCUCCUCGACCCCCUCGACUAUGUGCUGCAGGCCGUCUCUCGCAUCCCCCCAGCACCUCGCGUGCGCCCGCGCAACCUACACACGAUAGCCCGCACCCCCCAGAACCCCAGCGCAGUCAAUGGCCGCGGGCUAAGCUGCACCCAUGGCCUUGCCCUCGCUCCAGUUCCUGGCCGGGCUCCUGCUCCUGCUGUACCUGCUGAGCUUCGUGCUCUUCGCCUUCAUCCGCGUCGUCACUGGCGUCUCCAUCCAGCGCCUGGGCUACUCGGGCCUGCGCCGCAUCGCAUUCCACCCCAAGGAUGGCCUGCGCAUCGAGAUCCGCGGUCUUGGCUUCUCCCUCCACCGCCCCACCUUCGCCCAGCCGACGUGGGUCAGCAUUGUCCUGACCGAGCUCAAGGUCACCGUCGACCUGAAGGCGCUGGGCGAGAAGCCGCAGCGGAAGCCGCGCUGGGCCAGCUGGCCCCCCGGCUCUGCGCAGCCGCCCAAGAGCGCGACAAAUGCGCCCGACGCGCCGGCCGAAGACGACGACACAGACGUCAGCGAGGAGCACAGGCGCAGUCUGACAUGGAAGCGUCUGACCGACGUCAAGGAGAAGAUCAAACGCCUGCACAGCAAAAUCAACUACAUCUGCUUGGUGGACCUGCUGGCCUACUCCACGAGCAUCGUCGUGCGCGAUGUUGGGUCGGUGCAGGUCGGCAACAUGUCGCUUGCCGUCGAUACGAGGCGCAAGACCGUCGACCGCAGCCGCCUGUUCAACCACCGCAAGCUCAAAUCGAACCAGGAGCAACGCCCCGCCGAGUGGUACCUCACCUUGCGCAGCGUCUUGUUCACACCAGAGGGCGGCGAGUCGACCGAGGUCCUCGAUCACUGCACCUUGAAUAUACACGGCUUUCUCAAGAAGGAGCUGGAGGGUCUGCGGGACGCAUCGAUUGCUCUCAAGCUGGGACGUCUCAGCAUCCCCUACGACGAUGUCAAGUUGUGCGUAGAACGUGCGAAGAAAUGCAGGCCGGUGCCCACAACAAAAGAGAGGGAACACAACACUAGACAUCCCGAAGUUACGCUCACCGAUGUGGUGGAGGAGCUCGACCAUCCUGGGAGCCGAGAAGAGAGCAUCGUGCAGACUGUAUCCGACUCUAGAGAGUUCGCCAGCUCGAUUCUGCGCGGUAUCCACGAGUUCCAAUUCGCCAUCAGCUUCGUUGGGCUCACCAAGCAGAUCAGAGCCUGUCGCAAGGACGAGCCCGAGGUCUACCUUAACGUGGCCAUGAAGGAGGUCGGCAUGGACUUGCUACGACUGGACCCGCGGAGUCCUGCACAUCUCAUGUACUUCUCGCCAAACGAUAUAGCACAUCAAGCUCUACUCGCUGCCAUUUCCAUUUCGGUUGGCAUCGACGACGGCUCUGGCCACCCAGAACGCCUUCUUUACGUUCCCAUGGCUACGACCACACUGAACACGACCCUUCCUUCCAAGACCAUUCAAUUCUCGAGUGAUAAGAACAGCGCCGAGCGCAACACAAAUAUUCUCUUUGCUAAUCUUGUCGUUACAUCCCCAUCGCUCGAUUUGGAUCCUAAGCAUCUACCAUUACUACUAUCUAUCUUCAAUAGCUACGAAUCGCGCAAGAAACCAAAGAAACCCGGCAACAGUAAACGCUACCUGAUCCGGAGAUUACUGCCGAAAGCAAACAUCAAGAUAUCCAUCCAUGAGCCUGUCAUAAGAGUAACGUUGCCGCCAAUGGAUCCUGAACGACAAGGGACCGAUGAGUUUGACCUAUUGAUUUCUGCGUCUUCAUCCUUGUCGCUGGACGUAGAGUCGUCGCACGCUGCCGAUGGCGAGCUUCAUUAUGCUCUGCUCUCGACCUUCCGUAUGAAUGCACAGCAAUUGUACUACCAAACUGCGUCAAUUGAGAAGCAUAGUCUGCUCCUUACAGAUUAUCUCGAGUUCAAAAUGCAGCUUAGUGCUUCGCCACACGUCACGGUCGAACUACGUGGAAUGGCUCAGACAUUCUCGUUCUAUCUAGUUCGACCUGAGAUCAGCGAGGGCUUGCGACAGAUUGUGACACAUCUACAGAAGGAUAAUCGCAGAAGACGCGGCGUACCCCAAAAGAAGGGAUUCAAUUUUCUCCGCAAAUUGCCGCAAUGGUUAGCGUACAUUCAUCUUCAAGGUUCAGACUUCAACAUUGAAGUUGCAGGCGUUGACGAAGGUGUAUCCAAACAUAGCCGCGGACUCGCAAUACAUCUCGAGUCGUGGACGGCUGAGUACAAGCACAGUCGAGACGAGGAAAAUGAAAUGAAGCCAGUGCGCCGCCGCGCUCCCAGCAGAACAAUCAACCGAGACGAACACCUGAUCCGCCCUCCCGCAUCACCCUCGUCAAAAUCACCUCAAAAGUCUCUAGGUGACGCAACUGAUGGAAGACGACUAGCACUCCACUUCACAGGUCUGGAAGCAUUCGUCAUCGAGACUGAGGAUCAAUGGGAGCAGGAUCCUUCACUGUCAUUGCCUCGAAUGGAAAUUGCGUUCAGCACACUCUCUGAUAAGCAGGGACCCAUGUUUCAUGUUCAUUCCUUCUCCCAACGCCUAUACCUGCGAUAUUCACUCUAUCGUCACUUUGCAAUGGGCAUGGCUAUGCAAGUCUUGAGGCGUUCGUUUGUAGUUCCACAAGACCCUGUACUGUUUGACGAGCCUAUGUCUCCAAUGUCGCCAGUCCUAUCUCCUAUGCAUCUCGCGGUCCCAUCGAUAGACGGAGAUUUGUUUGAUCCUACACGGACUGGCUUGGCCCCAGAGAUCGUCACCAUCGACUUCAAGGCACAAUUUGUUCAGAUCAAGGCCGACAUGCCCUCAGAUCCUCCGCUCAUGUUACAAAUAUACGGCAUAGAUGCGGGCCGACAUAGGUGGCAAGCGCCGUUCCUGCGAUCACGCCUCAUUAGACUUUACGCCGAGAACCCCAACAUCAAGCGGGUGUGGAGCCGAAUUGUGAGCGUCAAAUCGCUGCGGUUGGACUAUAGGCAAACGAAACGAAGAUAUGGACAUACAGUUACUGAUGACAAGUCAAUCGACAUUGCCACAGACGCUAUCCGUAUCGCGAUCCCGCAUCAGUUGGUCGUACACAAAAUCUUUGAUAACGUCACCAACAUCACGAAGGUUGCCAAACAGAUGCAGCACCGUUUCAACACAGGCACGAAUGAGUACGUUUUGGACAAGGAGCCCGAGGGCCCGAAGCAUGUUCCCAAGAUCUCCUUGCGCAGUAGGGCCGUGCUUUUCGAACUUGAGGAUAGCUCCUUCGAGUGGAAGCUUGGCACCAUUUACCGCAUUGGUCUGAUGGAACAAAAACAACGACUAGCACGCGAGCAAGCCUUUGAACUAAAGGUCAAGAAGUUGCAACAGGAGGAUGAGCUCCGCAAUGGUGGUGGCUCGCGGCACCGUGCCAGAUCUGCACACAAUGGCUUCCACGGUCAUCGCGCACGCAACAAGUCGAAAACCAGAGAUACAAAACAUGGUAGGUUCCAUCGCCGAACCAAGAGUGCGGACUCGUCUGAGCGAGGCUCACUUGACGAGGAUCGACCGAUGCGCUACAACAAAGACGGCUUCAGUGGCCUGAGUGGGUCCAGUCAGACAUCUGUCGAGGUCGCUCUUGAGAAGCUCAAGAUACUGAACGCACAGACGUGGAAGAAGCGAAUUGACCACGCACUUGCGACUCAAACACAUUCGAUGCACGAUAUUCGGUCCAUGUUUUGGGGCUUGGAUGAGUUGCCUGACGACAUUGAGCAGACAGAGGUCAUUCUCACCAUUCCCCAGCGCCCGGCACUGAUGGCUUUAGCUAUCAGUGAUCUUGACAUCCUUAUCGACAAGCCAUCUUUUCCCAUGUCAGAGUAUCCCAAGUUCCUGCAGCGUGUAGGCAAGGGUAUGCCGACCGAUAUGCAAUAUUCGUUGCUCAUUCCAAUGCACGUGCAGAUCAAUGCAGGGGAAGCCAAGCUUCAUCUUCGAGAUUAUCCUCUACCACUUGUACACAUUCCUUCAAUAGGUAAUAUCGGGUCAUCUCGACUGCCGAGUUUGUCACUGAAGACAGACUUCGUGAUCGCAGAAGAGUUCAGAGACGUGGAGUCAUCGCGAGUUAGCAGAGUCGUGGUGGUGCCUAAAGAGGAGACCUUGUCAGGAGAACCCUCAGGAGGUUUCGCUGUUGAUGUACGCCGGACGGUCGCUCCUGUCAAGACCUAUUCGGAUAUGAACGUCGACAUCAACUCAGCGUACCCUACACGCAUCACGUGGGGCACGUCCUAUCAGCCAGCUAUCCAAGAUAUGAUGCAGAUUAUUGAGAACUUCACUAAGCCGGCUGUCGAUCCGUCAGAGCGUGUGGGCUUCUGGGAUAAGAUCAGGUUGACCUUUCACUCGCGUAUCAACAUCUCCUGGAAGGGUGACGGCGAUGUUCAUCUUAUUCUCAAAGGUUCUCGCGAUCCAUACAUGGUCACAGGUCACGGUGCCGGAUUUGUCAUGUGUUGGCAGAACGAUGUCAGGCUAACCCUUGCAGAGGACGAGGAUCCUCGCAACUUCAUGGUCGUCAAGAGCGGCAGCUAUGUCCUUGCCAUUCCUGAUCUGAGUCAUUAUGCAAGACACGAAUCAGACGCAGAGUCCAGCCGUCCCGAGACCUCGUCCAGUUCCUCAAGUCGCAAACAACUUGCUGUCUUCAAAAAGACUGUCAUGAAGCUCAAUGGCAAUGUGAGGUGGGGUGUUGGGUUGGUGUUUGAACGGAAUUUGGACAGUGGAGGCCGAUCAUUCGAUUUCAUUCCUCAUUAUAACGUAGCGUUGAAGAACCCGAAGUAUGCGAAGCCGUCAAAUGGAAAGGAGUAUGAUGCUUUCCGUGGCUUCCGCAGCCACCACAUUCACAUGUCGAUUGCCAUCGCUGCACCGUACGAUCGAGAGUGGUCCGUGGCGAACCAAGAGGCUUCUAAGACGUACAACAGCGUUCACCUUACACCCAGAUUUUUCACCCAUUUCUACAAUUGGUGGUCAAUGUUCUCAGGCGCCAUGUCACUACCUGUGCGCCAAGGCCACCUGUGGCCUGGUGUGGAAAAGUCAAGCAAGAAAUUCGGCCGACAUCUUGCGACGAUUAAGUACAACUUGCUGCUCUCGCCGUUGUAUAUGAGCCACAUAUACAAGCACAAGGACGCUGAAGAUUACAACUCGGGCGUCGUGUCUGCUACCGGAUUAAAAGCGCGUGUGGACAGCUUCAUGCUUGAUUUCCAUCAGCGCCGCGAAGAAUUCCGUACCGUCGUGCAGGCACCACAAGGCAAGGAAGACAGUAAGCAAAACCAGACUACUGGUAUGCGAAUCAACCAAGUACAGCUGGACCUGAUCAAGACGGAUGUGCGAGCGGUGUCAGCAAGCAUAGCGGGCACUGACUCAGACGAUGUCGAGAACGGCGCAACCGAGGAGACCCCAAGCUUUGACCAGCAUCAUCUCAGCGCAGAUCUCUCAAAGUUCACAAUACCCGACAACGACUGGGGGUGGGUUGACAUGGACGACUUCAUCGAGCUAGGUUGGAUCUUGCCUUCAGACCGUCAUCCUGAGACACAGAUUCUCCCAUUGGCUUUCGCACCUCACUUUACGUACUUCCGUCAAACAGAUCAUGCCGACAAUAUCUCGGGCGAUGUUCACAGAACAAGCGCGUUUGGUAGCGAGCCCACACAUCACUGCGUCAUGUCAGCACGCAAUGACCCCCGCAGAAUCCAAUGUGGCCUCAUCGAACAGCGUAUUGAACGCAUCAAAAAGCAGAUCGAGCACAAUCACAGUGCGAUCGGCGAACAAGAAGUCAAGGUCGUCCGAGAGCUGGACGAGAACCAAAAGGAAGCUGAGCGGCGUCUGAACAUGUUUAAGAGCCACGCCAUUUUCUUACAGCGGAAGCUUGAAUUUCUGACAUCUAUGCAUGAAAGCCUACUCGAACGGCUGGCCGCCAACGAGGCCAACGCCGUACCAGAAGGCGAGCCUGAUACCGAUGACGAAUUCUAUGAUGCGAAUGGAGAGGACCCAACGCACGACCCAGACAACAAGGGAGCGGACACAAAGCCCAAUAUCGAUUACAUCAGCGACUUCAACAACCGAUUCAUAAUCCACAACGUGCAUCUCAAGUGGGGCAAUUCGCUGCGCAACAUCAUCUUACGCUAUAUCCAUCAAGUUAGCCAGCGCCGGGGAUUUGUGUACUACAUGUCUCGAAGAGCAGUCAAAUUUAUCUUGGACGUCGUGGACGAACAGAACAAGUCGCGUGGACCCUCAACGUCCUUCGAGUACGAAAGCCCUGACAUGGACCCAACAACUCCCAAGGAACAAAACGACCAAGGUCUGAGCAUUGAUGAGACGAUCCAACAACUGCUUGCAGACGGCAAGAAGUUUGUUGCUGCUGACGAGACUGAGGACGAUGACAAAAACAAAGAAACGCAGGACAAGCAGGACUCCGCAGAGAAAGAUGUCAACACUGACUACGUUCCGCAGAAUGCGUACAUCGUUCGUCUCAUUGCCCCACAGAUCCAGCUUCAGAGCGAGCGGAAUACUAAGGCUGCUGUGCUGGUGACGGCAAAGGGCAUGCAAUUGAAGGUUCUGCAGAUUAUGGACAAGGACCGCGUGAUGGACGAAGUGUCUGGCCUGGUGCAGCGCAGGUUUACCGCUGCUAUGGACAGUCUUCAAAUUUUCGUCACUAAUGCUAAGAUCUUUAGUGGCAUGGAUGACAUUCACAUGUACUCAGGAAGCACAUACGGAACACCAGCGGGCUCAGCCUGGCCGCCGUGGGUGCCGUUUGAAGUCAUGUUCGAAUUUCACACCAAUCCCUACGGCUUCCAGAGAGUAGUACAGAGGACGUCAGCCAGUAUGCGAUACGACAAGUACAACACCCUACGUCUAAAGUACAACGAUGACGUCUCUGGAGACGCUGCAUCAUCGAAGAGCGCGCAGAACAUGGAAAGCCGCAUCGAUCAUCUCUGGGUCGACUUUCCACACGUUCGUGCUUUGUGCGACUCACGGCAAUACUACGCCGUGUAUGUCAUCGUGCUUGAUUUGCUACUAUACCGCGAACCACUUGAGAAGACACGCAACGAACGCCUCGAGAAAAUCAUGCUCGCAUCCGAUUUCAGCGAUCUCACGGGAGCACCCAACCUGGUCAUUGGGCUGCAGGAGCGCAUUCGGCAGCUGGAGGAGAUCAAGACCGUCUUCCAGGUCAAUGAGAAGUACCUUGACAAACAAGGCUGGGAGGACCGUGUUGAAGUCGAGAAAGACCUGACUGUCUACGAAGAUGAGCUGUUCUUCGUCAUGAAAGCUAUCACUACCGCUCAACGUAAACAAGACGAUCGCGCACAGGCCAAGCAGUCAACUGGCUUGCUCCGAUGGUAUAUCUCAGCGUCAGAGAUCGUAUGGCACCUCCUGCGCGAAGGCCAAGAGUCCCUUGCCGAGUUUCAGUUGAAGAAUGCGCUGUACGAUCGCACCGACAACAACGACGGCUCCAACUUCAAUACGUUGGAGAUCGAGGACGCUCGCGGUCUGAACCUGUUACCCAACGCGCUUUACCCCGAGAUGAUCCUUCCCUACCUUGAAAACAACAAGCCGCUGCCAGAAAACGCCAAGUGUUUGAAAGUACAGUUUGUCAUGCUUGAGGCCAUCGCUGGUAUCCCAGUCAUGGAGCACUUCGAAGUCAUACUGUAUCCGCUCAAAGUACAACUGGAGUGGGAGAUUGGCAAAAAGCUGUUUGAAUAUGUCUUCCCGGCCAUCAAAGAUAAGGACGGAGAAGCCGGGAGUUUCUCGCCAUUCAUGAUCAAGCACACACUUCCUCAGGACGGAGAAGAUGACGAGCUUAACGGCAGCAUGCUUUCGGGUGUCAGCAAUAGUCUGAGCAGCUCCAUGUUGCAGGAUGAAGCGGCCGCAGCGCUCCAGUCGCGAUUGACACCAACGCUCAACCUCCCUGACCCGAAGACUAAGGCCGCGAUCAAGGUAAAGAGCAGCCCACAAAAGAGACCUGGCUUGAACAGCUUCCGGUCCUUGUUCCGCGACGACCAUGGAUCUCGCAGUGGCAGUGAGCUGCGUCGGACGCUGCAUCCCAGCUCAGCGGCGACACCUACAAGUUCUUCACUCAAUGUCACGGGCAGGCCUGGCUCAGUGCGUUCCAAUAUGUCGUCCAUGACAGCAAAUGAGUCGGAACGUACUGCGAAGAAGUUUACGCUCUAUCGCACUGGUACUGGGAUGACCAUGGCCGACAAGCGAGGAGACAAGAAAAAAGAGCGUCACGACGAUCUCACACAGAUGAUGAAUCGUGCAAGUAACUACAUGACGUUGGCAUACGUGCGUAUCCCUUCCAUGACUCUCUGUCUAUCGUAUAAGGGUAAAGGAUCGCGCAACUUUGAAGAUGUGCACGAUUUGGUGUUCAAGAUGCCGACACUGGAGUAUCGUAAUAAAACCUGGUCGAACCUCGACCUAGCCCUCCAGCUUAAGAAAGACGUCAUCCGCGCACUCAUAUCGCACGCUGGCGCCAUUGUGGGCAACAAGUUCUCGCACCACCGACCCAGCAAGACUCAGCAAUUACGCUUGCGCCAGAUAGCAAACUCAAGCGCCAUGCUCAACGCCUCCCCCGACCCUUCCUCUGAUGGAGCCUCGGGGCGUGACCAUUCCCCCGGCGGCUCGUCCACCGACGGCGUUCGACGAUCCUUUACAUCUGGCCGCCAGGGCAGUUUCGUAUCCACGGUAUCCGAAGAAUCGUCUCUACGGCCUGGCACGUCCGCCGAUGGCCGCAGUACCCACGGUUCGAUCCUUGGCGGUAUACGACAUCACCAGAAUGAUCAUGGACUAGGUAUUGAGGAUGGCCGCGCCUUCGCUGACGAACUCUCCCGCGUUGAUAAUACGGAGCCCGGGCACGCGAACAUUAUCCACAGUCUGAGCAAGCAUAUCACUAGUGUAACACCAUUCGCAAAUCAUAGCCGCCGCGACAGAGCGAAUAGCACGGGACAUAACUCCAGUUUCCCUUUCAGCAGGAAUGGCAGUGUCGCAGAGAUGGAGCAUGACAGGCCUGUCACAAGUCAUGGGGAUGAGGGUGAGCAGCUGAAUAAGAAACAGAAAGCGCUUGCGGGAGCCAUGAAGUUGCUGGGCAGGACGAAGGCGGAUCGAUUGGAGUAAGAGCUUUUAUUGGCGGGAUAUGGAUAUGGAAAAGUGGUGGGUUUUUGAAGAUUUGGAGGAGUGUAUCCACUGUAUGCAUUUUCAAGAGCGCGGCAUUUUGGGCGUUCUUGCAUUUGUCCAGACACCUCGCGGAAGUCUGUUUGCUUUGUACAUAAUCAUUCAUUCGCUUGGUAGGCGUUGCCGUGUAUCCCGAGCGAGGGACUGUCGGGCGUUCCAAGCGUUUCAGGUUAGAUGUAUAGACAGCCCGCUAGGGUAUAUCAUCCGGGCAUGAUCACUC